UAUCCACUCGUAUCCACUACAGGUGAAAAUAAAAUUAAGGUUUAAAAUUUUUUAACCUAGGUUGAUUCUCUUUUGCCUUUGUCCCCUGGCCAUAAUUGUUCAUGAAUUUGCGCUAGGAGACAAUGGAUAUUGAGAAUCAAACUAGGUUAACAAAUUUUAGCCUGAAUAUAAUAUUGACCUGUAACAUAUCCAAUAUAUCCAAUAUCAUUUUCAAAAGUGAAGUAAUUAGUUUGUGGUAAUAAAACUGAGUGGAUUCCAAUUCAAAGUGUGAUCCGUAUACAGCAAUUUUGUCACCCCUGCGACUUGUAUGCCAAUGUAAAAAAAUCUUCGAAGACACAAAAACAUCACCAGCCAAAUAAGAGAAUUGUUUAUUUACAACGGGGUGGAAUUCAAGCUUGUCUUUCAUUAGAAAGCACUUGAAACAAAUAUUAAUUAGCACAAUGUGGAUUUGAUAAACCAUCUUUCAGUGAGACACUGCUUUGUACAUGAGUUGUUAUUCAUAAGGACUUAAAACCAUCAUUGCAUGUCCAAACAGAGUCACUUCCUGUAAAGGUACUCUGUUCAUUGAUGUGCAUGUACAUAUCAGCUCAGUCAAACUAAUAAUGCCGUAAACUUCCAAAUAUAAGCCCCGGGGCUUUUAUUUUUCAAAGGCCGUUUUUGAGGGGCUUGUAUUCGGAGGGGCUUACCUAUGGAGGGAAAUUUGUGUUCCAAAUUUGUGUUCCAAAUUUGAUUGGGCCAGCUUUAUAGUUGGAAGUAAAUUUACCUUUUUUGCUUUGUUUUACUUUGUAUUUGAGGACAAUUUUCCAAGUACAAGACCCUGGGGGCUUAUAUUUGGAGGCGAGAUUUAACGGAGGGUUUUUUUGGUUACCAGAUUGGGGGGCUUAUAUUUGGAGGGUCUUACAUAUGGAGGGGUUUAUUUUCGGAAUUUUAUGGUACCUGAACAGUUUUGCUUUGCAAGCUUUGCUGGGCUGAGUUGUCCAAAAAGUAGAUAAAUCUAUCCACUGGAUAAAUCUCUACCCAGUGGAUAGUGUAAUUUGGUAGUUUUAGUAGAUAUACUUAUCAGCUGGAUAGCUAUUAUCCAGUGGAUGGGGCUAUCCAACAUUUGAAGAACUGGGACCUGGUCUAUUAGCCUUUGUGUCUUUUGAAUGCAUUUUAUUGAUUACUUUACAGUCCAGCAGGCUGGGAUUCUGUGAAGAAAAUUAACAUCCUGAGUGAGCAUUUAAAAGUUAUUUUGCCAGAGGAUGCAUUUGAUGAUCAUAUUGUUAAACCACAGCUGAGAAAGGUACAAUCAUGUGAUUUAAUGUAAAUUGUACAUUGUCUAAUACAAAAAAUUAUGUAUCAUGGUGUGUCUUAACAUUGUGAUGUUUUUCCCUUUGCAGCCCAUACAAGACAAAGAAAUUAUUGCUGAGGAUGAACAAACGUUUUUGGCAAAACAACAGGUUGGUUUUUUCGUCAUAGCGUAUUUAGGUUGUUAGAAUGUGUAAUACUUUGUAUUGGUAAAAAUUAUAAGUAGCCAGUUUUUUAUUUCAGUUGCUCUCAGUUGAAAUCAACACAUUCUUUGGAUGAGUGUUUAUUUUUCAAAAUGAUAUCAAAAUUGCAUGAACCUGUUGAAGCUUUUUGACAAAUACACAAGUGCAAACAAAUUCCAAAUUGAAUGAGAAGAGUCAUAUGAUUAGCAUUAUUUUAAUAAUAUGCAUGAAAAAAAUUACCAGUGAAAAUUAGUGGAAACUGUUUAUGACGGCAACCCCCAAUCUUGCCUAGAAACUGCCCAUUCAUACCAGAACCCAAUCUUUGGCCACGCUAAGGUUGCAAUGAGUUACAGCACCUGAUUGGUUGUUUUAUUAUAUAUUGUUCUCAACCAAUCAGAUUCAAGAAAUAUUAUUAAGUGGCAAAAACAUGAUCAACAUGUUAGGAGCUGGGGUGAAUAGGUAAUCAAACUCCAGUUUGGAUAUAAGGGUGGUUUGGAUCAAUACUCGUGCUUAUAUCCAAACAUUGACAAACCACUGGUUAGGGUUAGGGCUAGGGCAAAAUGUUGGCUUAGGGGAGGGGUAGGUGGUCAGUUUCCCAGAAACCUGAAUUGAUUUGGUGGUUUGUCAAUGUUUGGAUAUAAGCAUAAGUAUAAACAAAACAUGCUCCUCACUAUAAUAGCAAUGCAAGCAUUAACAUAAGCAUGAAUAUAAGAAGGUCAUGAGCAGGCGAGAACAGUUGUGAGGAUAUCAAAACCAUGCCUGUGUUCUUCUUAUUCUUAUGCUGAUGCUUAUGUCACGACUGUCCUCACUAGAGCAUAAGCUUUGUGGUUUGUUUCCAAAAUAUUAAAACCAUGUUUAGAGCAAAAUCACAUACAUGUUAAAUUAUUGCAGAUUUACUCUAUUUUGAGGGGCGAGGUCAAAAGCUGUAUUGUAACCUGUCCAAUGUCACAUGAUCCUGGAGACUUAACGUUCGUUAAAGACCAUUGCUUCCAACAGAUUUGUUUUCUUUUCAAAUGUCAUCGUUAUCAAAAUCAUGCUUGGCUAAUCUCUUUUGCAAUGCUUUAUUUUCUCUUGUGGGGUUAAUUGGCAACAGAAAAAAUCAUUUUGGGACACUCCUUCCUUGUACUAUUAUCCUGUACUCUUUGAAUUACUCUGUUAGAAUGCUGCCAUAUUGAAAUGCUGUCAACUCUCUCUAAGACGAACACCUCUGGAACCGGCACAAAGGGCGCUUUCCAUUCAACCCAAAAUUCCAGAAAUUUUGUUUGGUACAUCAAAUGGAACAGACCAUUUCGGUUUGGUCCGAUGGGAAUAUUCGGGAAUGAAUAUUGUUGUCCAUUUCGGUCGGUCAGACCGAAAUGUCUCUUUCCAUUUGACAAAAUUCUGUCCCCACUACUGCUCUUUCCUAGCCUGCUUACAAGAACAAUGACCAAACGCGCGGUGGCUUGGGUCGGGUCUGUGCAACCGGAAUGUACCGUUCCAUUGGGCCAUUAAUAGUAGUGGGGACUAACUGUGAUUGGGCAUGUGAAAUGUCCAAAAUCUCAAACCGAAAUUUUUGUCGAAUGGAAAGCGCCCGAAGUGUCCGCCUAGGAGUGAUGUCCGUCUUACAGAGUUAAAUAAAGGGAGUAAAGAAAGGCAGGAACCAACGUUACCGAGGAGUCUGUCUUAUACAGGUGUCCGUUCAGAAAGAGCUGAAUGUAGUGGGCAGAGUUUAAAUCGGACAAUGUUCUCUGACUUGUUACUUGUGUUGUAUCUAUAGCAACUGCUACAAAAGAUGCCUGCCACAGUAUCAUCUGGAAUAGCAAGGCAACAACCAGUAAGUCACUCAUGUCACCUGUUUCUGUUACUCGAUUCUGAUUUUAAUUCUUGCUCAGUUACUGUGUGUAACGUUAUAAUAUAUUUAUUUUUACAAUUAUAACUGAGUGAUUUCUCAAGCGCUGGUUCCUUGAGAGCUAUGUUUGAUAAGAGAAGGACGUAAUGGUGUUGCAAUUUGUUUUUCUACUUCUCACGCAUGCGGUUUUCAGAGAAACUACGACGGAAAUGGUCGACGAAUUGGAGCCACCCGCCUCCUGCUCAUGGUUCGGACGUUCCUCCUGAAUUGUGAACAUUUUGACGUCAUUUCUAUGGUCAAUGAGAGUACAUACGAUAGAAAAUUGUAGUCGAUUUGUAAAAUAUCCGUUAUUGACAGAGCGUUUGGUUAAUAUGGCUGGAUAUUGGCCAAGUUCAGCUUUGUAUUUUUAUGGACCGAGUCUAAUUCGAGGUCAACAAAAGUGCAGAUGAGAACGAGGCCAAUACCCAGCUAGUCUCUCUUACAGCCGUGUCGUUGCGUGACAACACUAAAAACGUCUGCAAGGGAGACUAAUUUCCAGCCAUCGGGAAUCGUUAUACGUUUCUAGGAACCUGCCCACCUACCCCUCCCCUAAGCCAACAUUACUUCUCACUUAGGGCAAAAUGUUGGUUAGGGGAGGGGUCAGCGGGUGGGUUGGCAGUUCCCCAGAAACGUAUGAUCCACUUGGUCAAUGAGGGCUUAUUAUCUGGUCAAGAGAACUUGCCGCUUCUGGCGGGACUAUUGGACAAAAGCUUCAUACUCUUUUAUUUCUAUAUCAGGAUAUCACCAAGCCACGUGCCCCUAUAAGCCCCAGUGGGAGAAGUACAGACAGAAGAUCUUCAGCAGGAAUGUCCCCUGUUCCAAGAGGACCAAAGGUAAAAGAGCAUUUACUUUAGCCUUUUUUAACUUAUACUAUUUUCUCGACACAUUUUGUUUCGUGACUACAUUUUUGAGUGGUUGGGGGAAUUGCUUAUCCUCAUUUCCAUCGCCAGUCCUUGGUGACAGAGCGAAUCAGAUCUACCAGCUUCCCCACGAUGCAGUCCCACGUUUCCUUUAAAAGUUGACUCCUUUUACCAUGCAAAAUUAAUUUGAAAACGUUUUAGGUAAGUGUGAAGAACGACGCAUUUACGUUUCUUUAAUAGUACUCGCUUUUGUGUUGGGUGCUACAACUGGAAAACUGGUCGAAAAUUCUCCUUUAUCUUAUAAAUCUUAAAGAUCGUCAUUGUAGUAGAAUUAAUUUUGUUUUGGAAACGAGAACCCUGUUAAAACUCCGUCAACUUUCCUUGCGCAACAUCAGAUGGGGUUUUAUAAACAUUAUUGCCAUAGAAGUGUGAUGGUCAAUUUUGAACCAGACAGUGACAUGACACAGGUGGCUUGAAAGGAAAACGCCAAGUUCUCCCAACAGGAGUCGAACGUAGCUCAUUACAGGUAUGACCUUCAGUUUACUAAUCCAAACAUACCUGUUUUGAGUGCCGGAUCCAGACUUUGAGAUAAGGGGGUGGGGGGCUGGUCUCCAAAAAAAUUUUUUCCGCCCUUCAGGCCUCAGUUUGGUCUAAAAAUAAGGGAAGCGGGCCUUCCCGGCCCCUCCCCCUGGAUGCGCCAGUGGUUUUAAUGUGUGCUCUGUAUUCUUGUAUCUGUAGGUUGAAGGCGGUAAACCAGGCCCGGGUGGAGCCGCAAGUGAAGGAGUUUUGGCCAACUUUUUCAACUCGCUCCUUAACAAAAAGAGUGGUGCUGGAGGGGGCCCGGGGAGAGGCGGUACUGCUGUCAGAAGCGAUGCGGCGGCUGAGUUGGAUCGAAUGAACAGAGCCAAGAAAAUAGUCACACAAAACAAUCCAGCAGCCAGCGAUUCAUCAGAGUCAUCUUAGAAGGUUUAGAAUGCUUUAUUAUAAGCUCAUAGUAGAUAUACGAACUGUCAAUCACGGACUUAGCCUUCCGGCGUCUGUGGAAUUUAUUUUGUACAAAGCUAGGCUAUUUUAAUUUGGUCCAGAUAUAUUAAAGAAGAGAACAAGAACCAAAUGUAUUCCACAGGAAGGUAAGGGGGAUUAUUUCUUAGAGAUGAAACUGAUGAUAGGAUAUUUCAAUAGAAGGUAAAAGUAGCUUCAAACCAAACAUUUACUGCUUUAAUGGACGAGAGUUAAGUGUGACAGAUGAGAUAUGGUCCGUUGUUGCGACUUGCUUAAACUAUUAAAACAUUACUGUUGGAACAUUGUUGUUGACGCGUAUGUUUUCUUGUUUUACCGCAAGAGAAAGAAUGUUGCUUAAGAAAGUGAGCUUCCUUGACGAAAGAAAACGUUCUUUUGUCAUAAUACUCUAUGACGCAAAGUUUGCCUCUGAAACAGGUUUAUCAUUUUGGUCACUUUUUAACAAAAGAUGUGUUCGCAAUGUUGCAAUUCAAAGUAGACAGACUGCAAAUUAUAGUAGUAGCUUAGCGAGGUCCUAACAUCUUCCGUUCCAUUAAAAGGCGUGACACAUAUCAGUGUUUUAGUUACUGCGCUUUUCACAAACAUGCGAACUCUAAAGUUCAAAAGGCGCCUUCACAAUUGCGUUUUUCGCUGCCGUCAGUCAUAAUUACGAUCACAAGCAACGAACCUGGAAACACAGAAACACACAAAACGGAUCGAAAUCCACCAAUCACAAAUCACAAACCUUGACCUUUUGAACCCGUUACUGAGUAAAGUUUUGUUUCCUAAGAGGUCUGUUAAGAUGAUUGACGGCAGCGAAAAACGCAAUCGUCAGUUGGCUUUUGAACUUCAGAAUUCGCAUGUUUGUGAAAAGCGCAGUAAAGGAAACAAGGUGCUUUGUAUUGUCGGCGAAAAAGGCUUCAGUUGUGUGGCGAAAAACCGUCAGCUUCUGGGCGAGUGAAGCAAGUUGAUUGAAGAGAGCUGGGUGCUUGAUACAUAAGUCGCGUAUGGAGCUAACCCUUAAUUCCCAAGAGUGAUCAACUUCAAUUUUCUCCUAACGAUAUCAAUGCAUAAUCAAUAGAAACGGUUACGAGAAUUAAUAAAAUGAUCACCCACAGGAAAAUGCUCUGAUCAGUUAUCAAAUUCUCCCAACUAAUUCUUUAAGGAAAUGUAUGGAGUUCAGAGAUUUUUUUAAAAGGUUUAACAGCAACGGUAGUGCCAUUUACACACUAACCCCGUUUGCCUGGUAAAAUUGUGCUGUAAAUUAUCGAACAUUGGUGCUUUUGUUAUAAACAAAUGCAGAAAAAAGUUUCGCUUCAGUAGGAUUAUCUUGACAGUGUAAAGCUUACCUUUACUGAAAGGUAUCACACCUUAUCUCUUGGACGAUGUUUUGAACUUUUUUUCUUUGUAUUCGCCACUGGAAUAUCUCCCAUAAUGGACAUUUACGGCAAACGAGUAUUUGUGCCAUGUGACAAAGUUUUCCCUUUAUUGGUAUUAGCUGUUCUAUACUUGUAGAAGAAAAAAAUCAGUAGUUUCACGUUAUUUUCAUCCAUAAGAAUGGUUUCAGAGUGUUUUUAUCUGCUCAUUAUAUUUUGAGAAAUUUUCAACUCUUGAGUCUACCGUUUGCCUUUCGCCGUAAACAUGACUCUAAAUUUCUCCAAUGUCUUCAGUUUUCCGUGGGACGACUUUAAUACCCAGGAGAAAUUGAAAACAAAGGUUAUCGAACAAGGUGUAUUAUGGGAUAUGUGCUAAUGGCGAAUGGUCCGACUAGCAAGAGGAACAUCUAAUCACGUGCAAGAUCAGUUAAGUGUAAGCUGUACUGAUGAUCAGUUUUUGAGGCGGUUCUUGAAGCAUGAUCUCCCAUCUCAUUCAUUGUAACGUGGUUAACAUGUCAAAAGAUUUUAGGGACUCACGUUUAAUCAAAAAAAAAAAAAAUUAACUGCCAACUAAGUGAUAAACAUGACAGACUGUAUAGAAAUUUUGUGUCUGCCUAUUUUGUUUUUACCGGAAUGAAGAGAAAAGCAUUCUAAGUGUCCUAAUUUCUUGAAUGUAUCAUUAUUUAAAAAUAAGUGAAAGUUUCAAGGAUUAAAUAUUUUAGAGUUCUGAUAAAACUGAAAGAAAACUACUUUGACGACGCAGUAUAAAUUUUUUUUAUUCUGAAGCUGUAGAUACUUGUUUAAACGAGACAAACUAAAAACGUACUAAAUCUUAACCUGGCCUUUCUACGUGCGGUAAAAGAACUGACCAACGGACCAACACGAAUCCUUUUGUCACUGCCACUCAGAUUUUUCUGUGGUCAUGUUCGAAAAUUGUCUACUAGGUUAUUUACAAAAACAAAAACUGUUGCUGUGCGUGACAUUUGCUUAAAAGGGGUAAAAAAUUAAGGUUUGCGUGAUUACACGUGGAGAAACAGUAACGUUCUACUUCCUAAAAUAUCGCUUAGGACGCCUUAUCAGUUUUUCAGUUCUAGCUUCUUAAGAGGCCAACCAUUU